AUGAGAAGUACAUGCCCGUCAAAGUCAUCGCUACAAAGGUAGGGCAGACCAUCCCCCCUCUCCAACUAGACUGAAGAAUCAUCGAUAAGAGGACAUUGAAGAUAGGCCGCUGCCGCCGCGUGAUCAAAUUUAUUGAAGGGGUUUGGGUCAACAACAAGCUUGACAAGAGAGAACUGCAAGACAUGAUAAUCACCAAUAGUCUACCGAUCGUAUGCAUCACAUCGUGCAUCUAAGAACUGUUGUCCUUCCGGCAGACGCGAGCCUGCGGGUAGAUCAGCCCCGGCUUGCAGUAGUAUCCCUUGGAAGGCGCGCAGUGUUCGUCAAAGGCGCAAAUGCACAGCCCUUCUAGCGCGCAACCCUUCCCGGUGGUCACCGGGCUCUUCCCGCGCAGGCCCAGUAUGGCGUCCGUCCAGUCGGAAGAGAAAAGUCCGUCCUUAUCGUACUUGGCCAUGGCGGCCACGAACUUGUCCCCCUUCUCCCCGAGCCUCUCCCUCACGGUGAGGAAGCCGACGUUCCUGUUCUUCCCCCAGUGCGGCAUGCCGUUGUACUUGAAGAGGGCCAACUGCUCGAUCUCCUCCAGCACGUCCUCGUCCAGCCGCGGGGUGUCCGGUUUGCGGGAGCGGUAGUAGGUGAUGUCGACGUCCACAGAGUCGGAGGUCUUGCCCAAGUAGGCGGUGGAGUUGCGGACGAACCUCAUGAGGAAGCCGUAGUAGAGCUCGAUGCCACAGAGGGCGCUGGGCCUCAAGUCCCGGAGCUUCUUCACGUCGGCGAUAAAGCUGGUGAUCUCGGUCACUGGGAUGCUGAUCGUCGUCUGAUGGUAGAACAGCCCGCUGAUUCGAGGAUCCCAUGCGCAUACGGUGAAAAGGCUGUCAUCCUUGCUGAACAGACAGGAUCCUAA